AUGAGCUUUGACGGUACACAUAAUAAAUAUCCGUUAGCGGCCUCUCGAAACGCCCCUCCUAUACCCAUCAAUAACUCGUAUGGCGGCGUUGGAGCGGCUCCUGUAGGUAACGGCUCGAGUUUGUCGAGCAAUAACAUUGUGAAGAGCGGAGAGGUUAGCGUAAAAGAGGAAGGGUUGACCAGCUGGAUCUGGACACGGAAAUGGAUGGUUCUGAAGGAGCAAACGUUGAGUUUCCACAAGAACGAGUCUUCGUCCAGCUCCACUUUAAUAUGGCUUCGGGAUAUUGCGAACAUUGAACGCACUGAUAUGAAGCGAUAUUGUCUCUUCAUCGCGACGAAAGACAAGAAAUUGUGGCUUAGUUUGAAGAGCGACUCGGAGCUGUACAGUUGGCAGGACGAAAUUUAUAACCGAUCACCUCUUAUGGGCGUUAGCAACCCCACAAACUUUGUGCACAAAAUUCACGUUGGGUUUGACCCUGUUAGCGGGGCGUUCACGGGGCUUCCUGAUCAAUGGACAAAACUCCUUACGUCCUCGGCCAUCACUCGUGAGGAUUACGCGAAGAAUCCACAGGCUGUCUUGGAAGUCCUCGAAUUCUAUACGGACCGUCAGAAGCGGGAAGAUGAAGAAAUGUCGGGGAUCCCAGCACCCAGAAUGGGUCCUAGCGUGGGGGGCGACGGGCCAUCAAGUGGGCCUCCCCGUUUCCAGGCUGGAACCGGGCUGGCUGGCGCCGUGGCACCCACUUCAGGCCCGUCUCAUGUUCGCAACCAAGCCAGUGGCAGUGGAUCACCUGCUGGCACUCCUCGACCAUCCCAAAGCACAGUUCGCACCCCCAGCGAGGUUCGCCGGCCACAAAUCAAACCAUCCACAUCCUCGCCGCAACUGAACCAGCAAGCAGCAGCGACAUCGAAUACGCCUCCCGUACCAGCACCCUCGUCUCAGGAUCGAUAUCGGGGGCAGGAGUCCGAUGGUCAAGCCGAUCAAACUGGAUUAGACUCUGCAGUCCAGGAUCUUUCAAUUGAUGCACAAUCAGAAGUACCUGCUCCGGCUCGGGUGAAGCAGGAACCACCUAAACAGCAACUUAAGGCUGCUAGGCCACCUCCCCCUCCACCGUCUGCCCCUGCUGAGAAGGAUGAGCCAGAGUUGACAGGGACUGCGGCGGCGGCAGCGGCACUCGAGGGAACCAACAAACCCAAGGCGACCACCACUGCAGCUGAGAGGCGAAUCAGCACGAUGACCGAGGCACAAAUAAUGGACAAGCUGCGUAGUGUUGUCAGUAAAGAAGACCCCAAGACACUCUACAGCACCAUACGGAAAGUUGGCCAGGGAGCAUCGGGUCAUGUAUUUGUGGCCAAGAAACUCUCUGAUGGUCAGAAAGUUGCAAUCAAACAGAUGGAUCUUACUCAACAGCCUAGGAAGGAGCUCAUUGUGAACGAGAUUUUGGUAAUGAAAGAGUCUCGACACCCGAACAUUGUCAAUUUCUUGGAUUCAUACUUGCUUCGCACCGAUCUCUGGGUGGUGAUGGAAUACAUGGAAGGAGGUGCCUUGACAGAUGUGAUUGAAAAUAAUACUCUGGCCGAAGACCAGAUUUCGAGUAUCUGCCUAGAGACAUGUAGGGGUCUCGGCCACCUUCACACCCAGAAGAUCAUUCAUCGUGAUAUCAAAUCUGACAAUGUGCUACUCGACGCGGCAGGGCACGUCAAGAUCACUGACUUUGGGUUCUGUGCGAAGCUCACGGAUCAAAAAUCGAAACGAGCAACCAUGGUGGGCACUCCAUACUGGAUGGCACCCGAAGUCGUGAAGCAGAAAGAGUACGGACCCAAGGUUGAUAUCUGGUCAUUGGGAAUUAUGGCGAUCGAAAUGAUCGAAAACGAGCCUCCAUAUCUUGAUGAAGAGCCUUUGAAGGCACUCUACUUGAUUGCGACCAACGGCACGCCAACACUCAAGAAGCCGGAAACGCUGAGUCGAGAGCUCAAGAGUUUCUUAAGUGUGUGCCUAUGUGUCGACGUGAAGAGUCGAGCAACGGCAGACGAAUUACUCCAGCAUGAUUUUCUGUCCAAAGCUUGUGAUCUCUCGGGACUAGCUCCAUUGCUAUUAUUUAAGGCGAAGCAAGGUGUCGCAUGA